AUGGCGUCUCAGCCGUGCAACACUGUAGCGCGUACAGGCGACCCGUCCUCGUGUCCGUUUGGCGCCACGUGUCGCUUCAGCCACGACCUUGGGAUCAUCCGCGCGCACCUGCCGCCCACCCUGGACGGCACCUGCCCCUUUGCCGCCCUCCGCCGGCCCUGCCCCUUCGGCCUGGCUUGUCGCUUCCGGGACGAGAAGCACGGGAAGCUUCCAGGAAGCGACGAUGGGGGAGAGGGCGGGGAAGGGGGUGGAGGGAAGGAGGAGGGGAAGGACGACGGGAAGGGGAAGGGUAAAGGGGUUGGGGAGGGGAAGGCAGAGAGUGAGAGGGAGGAGUGGAGUGAGGAGGGGGGUGAGGUGAGGUAUCCUGGGGAGGUGAAUAUGCUUGAGAAGGGGCUGCAAUCGAAGCUGUGGAAGCGACAGCUGGACUUCCCCAGAGCUGUUGAUGCACUCCAGCGGAUCGGAUGGACGCGCAAGGUGAAGCCUAAAGGGGAGGCCAGCCUCAUGCCUGACCUGGAUGAGAACGAGGAGGGGGAGGAGGGGGAGGAGGGGGGCGAUGAGGAGGACGAUGAGGGGGAAAACGAGGGGGGGAUGGCGGAGAUUGAAAGGGAGGGGCGGCGGAAGGGCGUGCUAGCAGCAGCAGCUACAGCCUCCAAGGAGACUGCAGCGGCAGCUGCUACAGCCGUGAAGGACACGGCUGUAGCGGCGGCGGAGACUGUUGGGAAAGCAGCUGUAGUGGCAGCAGAGGCGAUUGGGAAAGACACAGGGGCUGUAGUAAAAGAAGGGGGAAAGGAUAUCAAAGAGGGGAGGGUGGGGGAUGAUAAGGAGGUGCGGCUGCCCCACCGGGAGAAAAAACCCGUGGAUUUCAAGGGUAAACUCAUUGUCGCGCCGCUGACCACCGUGGGUAAUUUACCCUUCCGGCGCGUGUGCUGCUCGUUCGGCGCGGACGUUACAGUGGGCGAGAUGGCGUUGUGCGGUAACCUGCUGCAAGGGCAGGCGUCUGAGUGGGCGCUGCUAAGGAGGCACGAGAGCGAGAAGUGCUUCGGCGUGCAGCUGUGCGGUCCGCACCCGGAUAUGGUUGCUAAAGCGGCUGAACUGGUGGCCGAGCAUUGCCAGGUUGAUUUCGUGGAUCUGAACAUAGGGUGUCCGAUCGACAUAGUCGUCAACAAGGGCUCUGGGUCGUCGCUGCUGCGCAAGCCGCAGCGAUUGGAGCAGGUGAUUAGAGCUACUGCGCUCGCCAUCGACGUUCCACUUACUGUCAAGAUGCGCACAGGGUACGCAGAAGGUCACAACGUGGCACACCGCUACAUUCCCCACCUGCUGGACUGGGGCGCUACAGCCGUGACCCUGCACGGCCGCACCCGCCAGCAGCGCUACAGCCGGCUGGCAGACUGGGAGUACAUCGGGGAGUGUGCCUCAGUCAAGCCGGCAGGGCUACAGUUCAUAGGCAACGGGGACGUGAUGGCAUACACCGACUGGAAUGAGCACACGGCCAAUGGCAGCGCGACAGCUGUCGACUCGUGCAUGCUGGCACGUGGCGCUCUCAUCAAGCCAUGGCUGCUAACAGAGAUUACGGAGCAGCGGCAUUGGGACAUAUCAGCGGGGGAGCGUUUGGACAUGCUGCGCUCGUUCACGCGCUACGGGCUGCUGCACUGGGGCUCCGACUCCCGCGGGGUCGAAACCACGCGCCGCUUCCUGCUGGAGUGGCUGAGCUAUCUGCACCGCUACGUGCCCGUGGGGCUGCUUGAAAUGCUACCACAGCGCAUCAACUGGCGUCCACCGGCUUUCUACGGAAGGAAUGACCUCGAGACACUGUUUGGGUCGGACCAGGCUCAAGACUGGGUCAACAUAUCUGAAAUGCUUUUGGGCCCUACCUCACCAAACUUCAGUUUUACUCCUAAGCACAAGUCCAACUCAUAUGAUGCGGCCGAGAAUGGCUGA